GCGAGGGACGAGAUGGCGGCCGAGCCGCAGCUGGAGCUGGACGAGCGGCUGCGGGAGGCCUGCAGUGUCGGCGACGCCGAGUCGGUGCGGCGGCUGCUGGGCAGCGGGGCCCGGGUCAACGGGCGGAACCCCGUCAAUGGCUGGACCUGCCUACACUGGGCAUGCAAACGGGGUCACCACCAGAUCGUGUCUGACCUGCUGGAAGCCGGAGCUGAUCGAGGAAUCCUCACUAGCAAGGGUGAAAGUGCGGCACAGCUCACAUCCAAACCAGAGAUCAAAGCAAUGCUGGGAGUGAGCGAGGAACCUGGGCCGGCGGUGAAUGGAUGUCCCGACCUGCCGAUCGUCCCCCACUACCUGGCUAACCCACCCCUCCCGAUCGUGGAGAGUAGACGGGCACCUGUUGGCCAGCUCCCACUGCCCACCCAUUGCUGCUCUCCCUGCUUCCAUCAGCACCACCCACAGACAGCGGCUCCUGCCCCAUCCCAGUCGCUGUUCUGCCUGGGAGCUCUGCCUGAGAGUGAGCGAGAGCUGGUGCUGAAAGUUCGACUCCAUAACCCGGCCGCGGAGGACAACGACUUCAUCGAGGUGGAGCUGGAUCGGCAGGAGCUCACGUACCAGGCACUGCUCCGGGUCACCUGUCAGGAGCUGGGGAUGGUCCGGAGAAAGUGGAGAGGAUCCGGAAACUUCCCAACACGCUGCUGAGGAAGGACAAGGACGUCACGCGGCUUCAGAACUACCAGGAGCUGGAGCUUGUGCUGCUGAGAGGUGAGAGCAGCCUGCAGUCGGUACAGGGGGCACUGACUGAGCGGCCCUGCUACAAUCCAGGGGCAGCAACACUCAUUACUGACUGCCGC